UGGAUUUGUUUUUCUCAAAUUGUAGUGCAAAAGUUAAAAAACGACGAUGGGGUGAACCUUGAAGGGGAAAAGAUAAGUUAGAGAUGUGACAAACGCACAGGUGGAGAUGGUGAAGGAGACUCUGCCCAGUUGGGUCCAGUCGGACUCGGAGGACGGCCUGGUCCAUGUGAACGUUGGAGGCCUGAAGAGGAGCCUUUGUUCCAGCACUUUAAAGAAGUUUCCCGACACCAGACUGGGCAAACUCCUGUCCUGUGACUCUGAAGAGGACAUACUGCAGGUGUGUGAUGACUAUGAUGUGCAGCAGAAGGAGUUUUACUUUGACAGGAAUCCCGGCCUAUUCCCGUACGUCCUUCACUUCUACCAAACUGGAAAACUGCACGUCAUGGAGGAGCUUUGCGUCUUCUCCUUCUGUCAGGAGAUCGAGUACUGGGGCAUCAAUGAGUUCUUUCUGGACACAUGCUGCAGUUAUCGAUACCACGACCGUAAACUGGAGAGCAGCCGCCACCGCAGCUGGGACGACGAGAGCGACGUGAGCAGCAUCGACACCUCAGUGGACGAAAUCUCUGACUUAAACAGAGAUAUGCAGCACUUUCAGGAGGUACGCUAUGGAAACAUGCGCAAGUGUCUGUGGCUGACGCUGGAGAACCCGGGGUACUCCAUCCCCAGUAAACUGUUCAGUCUGCUGUCCAUCGGAGUGGUGCUCACCUCCAUCGCCACCAUGUGCAUCAACAGCAUCCCAGAGUACCAGACAUUUGACAAUGACGGGAACCUUAUUGAAGACCCUACUAUGCAAAUUCUGGAGGUCUUUUGCUCCUGCUGGUUCACCUUUGAGGUGGUGACGCGGCUGCUGCUGGCCCCAAACAGGAGGAAGUUCUUUCACCAUCCUCUAAACAUCAUCGACCUGGUGUCUGUGGUGCCCAUCUACAUCACCCUGGUCUUUGACUUGACUCUGGGGUCUGAGUCAGAGCUUGGCAACAUCGGACGACUCAUUCAGGUGUUCAGGUUGAUGAGGAUUUUCCGAGUUUUGAAACUGGCCAGACACUCGACUGGACUCAGGUCUCUGGGGGCUACACUUCGGCACAGUUAUCGUGAGGUGGGCAUCCUGCUGCUGUAUCUGGCUGUGGGAGUCUCAGUCUUCUCUGGCAUUGCCUACACUGCCGAAUAUGAGGAGGAUGUAGGCCUAGACACAAUCCCCGCUUGCUGGUGGUGGGGCACAGUCAGCAUGACCACGGUGGGCUAUGGAGACGUGGUUCCUGUCACUGUGGCUGGGAAACUGGCUGCUAGUGGCUGCAUUCUGGGAGGUACCCUAGUGGUAGCGCUACCCAUCACCAUCAUCUUCAACAAAUUCUCACAUUUCUAUAGGCGACAGAAAGCUCUCGAAGCGUCUGUGAGGAACAACAACGGCAGGAGCCGUGACAAUGUGGGUGAACCAGGCUCAGACAUAGACAUAGACGACAUCGAAGAGGACGAUAUUGACUUUGAGGACGAGGGCGGGGUUAUUAAUUAUAGCUUUGUGGAGCACCCGCCAUAUACUACAGGGAAGAGGAAGGACAUGCAUCAGCUAUGAAAGACAUACUCUUGGACAAAACACUAAAAUACUGAAGAUGGAUUAAACGGAGGACAAUCUAUUAGACAAGGGGAUGCUGGUGGACGGAUCAAGUCAUGUCUUGGGAUUAACUUGGUGGAGAUUGUGGAACCCUGGCCCUAAUAAUCUGCUAAAAUCUUGAGUUUAGUUGUGGUAAUAGUAUGAGGUACGAUUCAAAGCCAAUUCUAUAGCUAUUCCAUCGCAGCCAACGAGUCUGAAUGUUAAAUAAUCUUCAAGGUAGGUACAUCUGACCAAGGGCCUGAUUCAAGAUUUUCAUGUCCUUAGUUCCUGAUAAAUUAUUUCAGAAUCAUUUUCUUUGGUUUUGAGAAAAGAAACUUCUUCCUUUGGGCGCUACAUUGGUUUUGGUUGUAUGCACAAAGUGUAGCAGUGGAAACACAAAUAGUAGUUGCUUAUGUAACAUUAAAUUAGGCAAUAAAAUAAACAAUUUUUCCAUAUGAAUUGUGAAAAUGGUUUGAGCUAAAGUAAAUAAUGUAUACUGUCUAACCGUGGCUAACCUAUGAUGUUUAAGAUGCAACAGCCAAUUGUACACAGCUUAAAUAAAUACCUCAACUAAAUAUUGCAAAAUUGCGGAAAUAAUGUAGAGAACGACUUUGUGCUUCCGUCUUAGUGUCCUGAAGAAGAAUUGGACUUUAAUUUGCACAAUUUUGUGCAUGUGGACUGCUUUCACAUCGGUUAUAUUUGAACUGAAUUUGGAGUAAAAAACAUGACAAAUGGAGACGCAUGCACUGAAUAAACAACUGUACAC